AUGGCCAUUGUCGAGACACUCACAAGUAACGCGACCGCAAUUGCGACGGCGUUAGUUGGCGGUGCGUUUCUCCUUUUAUGGCGCCUCUCUAAUGUGCAGCUCGAUGUACGAGAGCCGCCAAUCUUGAAACCCACAAUUCCUAUUAUCGGCCAUGUGUUGGAUAUGUUCACGUUGUCACAUGCCUUCUUCACGAAGACCUACAAACAAGCCGAAGGCAGAGAAGCUUAUACGCUUCCCAUGAUGGGUGGGAAAGUUUAUUUCGUAGCUUCGCCUGAACUAGUCAAUGCGAUGAUCAAGUCGCGAUCCUUGAGCUUCGACCCUGUUCUUCGUUCCACAAUUGCCAAGCUCUUCACAAUUUCGAAGGAGGGGGUACGCAAAUACGUGGAUCCAAGUAUUGGCUUGGAGACGCGUUGGACCAAGAACUUCUACGGCUGCUUGAAUGGGGUUCAACUCAAGGAGAUUAAUAAAGCUGUGCUUACUGAUGUAUUCCGUCAGCUCGACGAAUUGCCGGACGAAGUCAAUGUAGAGGACAGUUGGUUGUGGCUCCGCGACAAACUAUCGUUUGCUUCUACCGCGGCGAUGUUGGGGAGAAAUAACCCAUUCUGUGCCCAUCCUUCGCUCGUCGACGAUUAUUGGUACGUCGACAACAAACUGGUGCAUUUCGCUUUGGGUCCAGCACCUUGGAUGACUGCACCCAGUGCAUGGAUGGCCCGUAAUCGCAUUCAUCAUGCCCUUAUCCAAUACACAAAGGAGAAGAAGCACGAGGCGGAUGACGUCUCGGCGCUUUGGAAAGGCUCGUACGAUCUUCUUCACGAGUUCGGAUUCUCGGAAAGCGACAUAGCAGCCUUUCUCCAAGCAACGCUUCAGGCCGCGCUUUUCAACACAAUCCCUACAUUCAAUUGGUAUUUUGUUCACAUCUGGAGUGAUCCGUCGCUGGUGUUUCGGUUACGAGAGGAGGUAUCGGUCGUUGUUGCGGAAAGCUUGGAGCUACGCGGUGACGGGAAGCGCGAGAUGACGAUGAAUAUGGCGAAAAUCGAGGAGCGUUGCCCGCUUCUUGUCGCUGCUUUCCACGAGAACUUGCGCACAGUCGCAGAGGGGGCUUUCAACCGCGUGGUUAUGGAAGACACUAUCAUUUCCAACGGAAAAGGUGGUCAAGAGUACCUUUUGAAGAAAGGUAAUAAUUUGAUGGCUUCGCAAAGUAUCAUCCAUGUCUCGGAGGAACAUUGGGGGUCCCAGGCUGGUAAUUUCGAUCCGACGAGAUUUAUCAAGGACGCUGGUGUGCCUGGAGAAUCAGAAUCGCACAUAAAGCCGGGCACCUACGUGCCUUUCGGCGGCGGGAAACAUCUUUGUCCCGGCCGACAUUUCGCCUCCAUGGAGAUUUGGGGAAUGAUGAUUGCUUUGUUGCUCAGUUUCGACAUUACUGACGCGGAAGGAAGAACGCUAACCGUUCCAGAAAGAACAAUGCCAACGAUGACAUCUGGUAUUGGUAGACCAGUCGCUGGAACUGAUUUGCGCCUGAAAUUAUCACGACGAAAAGACUGGAAUAAUAUCACUUGGAAAGUUGAUAUGGCCUAA